UUACCCUGACAUUCUACUCUAACCAAUCCCACUCCUGAUGACUAAUUAUAACAAACGAAGGCAACGAGAACUGGCCAAUCAGAGGGAGAGUAGGAGGGUCAUGCCUUCGCCAUCCUUGGGGAAAAAGAAGCUUCCAGUCAGGCCAACCUACCAACUACCGGUUUUGUUGUGCUUGCCUGUGGUGAGCUUGACGCUGAUUGGCUGCUGCUACCUGCUGCGGUACUGCCAGCGGACACAGGAACUAGGAUGGAGCCCUACUGGAAGGGGAGUUUUUUUUACUCUGUGCUGCAGGCUGCUGCCUCUGGGUGGCACUGUGCUAAAAUUUUAUAAUAUCAAGAAAAGAAAAAAAGAAAUCAAGUAAAAAAAGUGUUAAAGUUGUGAAGUAGCCUAAAAUAUAUGUCUGGUAGCUAACAUGUUAUUUAUUCUAAUAAGAGUAUGAGAGGGCUGGAUUCCCUUUAGACAAUGAGCUGUUGCAGCGAUACCUAGACCAUGUUAUUGACUGAAACCUGCAAUUUACACUACUUGAAAUACAAGUACUUCAUUUAAUUAUUUUCCUGUUAAAGCAUUCAGAAAAGUACGACAUCGUUCCCGACCGUCAACGCAGAAUAAACCAAAACAGGGAUGCGUGCACGGUUGUGUACCUAGGGCACAGUCAGGGUCCUUUGGAAGGUUUUCAAGCAGCAAAAUUACGCAAGAUAAUUCCUCGAGGUCACAAAAAAAAGCACAUUUCUAUUUCGUGCUUGGAUGUAAACACAGGGCUCUGGAGUAGGCUAAUAUUGAGCCAAAAUGACAGACAGACAGGACAGACAGACAGACAGACAGACACGACAGAGACACACACACACACACACACACACACACACACACACACACACACACACACACACAACAGCCGCACACCUUCUCUGCCAAGAACUUCUUCAGCUUGAACAUUUCAUCUAUGAGAUGAAACCGAGCUGAAUAAGCUAGUAAGGUUGCCAAUAGAGGCAAGGGAGAGAAGUUGUGUGUGUGUGUGUGUGUGUGUGUGUGUGUGUGUGUGUGUGUGUGUGAGAGAGAGCGAGAGAGAGACACACACACAGAGAGGGAGUGGGAGAGGGAGGAAGAAGCAGGGGGGGGAAAAGGCAAUGAUAAAACUCCAGUGCGAGUCCUCCUGUGAGCUCAUUCGGAGCAACUGGGACGAGGGACAGGGAGUGCAACGCAAAAAGGGGACAAAUCACUGCUCCCUGACUGGGCCUUGGACUUGUUGGGGGGUGUUAGUGGGGGACACACCUGGGUUGUGUCGACAGAAGCGGAAAAUCUACCUGCUACCUGUGGGGGUGUGUGUUUCGUGAUAGCGGCGAGGAGAGAAGAUCCAAACUUGACCUCAUCCAUCUCCUCCUGGAACUUUGUUCACUCUGCAUCCCCCCCCCACCCCGGGGUGCAUGGUGUGCUGGACAGACAGAUUGAUUUGACCUGCGUCUUCUGAUGAAAGCCCAAAGUUUGCGGAUUUCGCAGCUUUUCCAGCGACCACGCGACUUUGCCGGCGACUGGAUCCACUUCUCCGCGUGAGAAACAGCGGGAGAGAGCCGGGGGGGGGGGGGGGGGGGGGGGGGGGUGGUAGGAAGGAGGAGGAGGAGGAGGAGGAGGAGGGGGUUCGAGAAAGAACAUUGCCAUCCAUCUCUUAGCCCUCACAGCCCACCCUCAGCUUCGGACGCCCCCCCCUCUCUGCCUCUUCUUUUGCCCCCCACCCCUGUAUCCCCCUCCCUCCCACCCUUCUCGGCACCGCACCCCCCAACUGAGCAGAAAGCGUGAAAAAUCUCACUAAUGGGUUUAUUUGCUGUCAGAUCUGCAGCGAUCUGUCACUCCCGUGGACCAUUCUGCUUGACACAUUUCAUAGUUGAGUAAGCCCCUGCGUCGUCAAGAGGGGAGCAACGGCGGGAGCAGACAGUCUCUUGGACAGGGAGUCCCUGAAGCUGCAUUCCUCCAGUCUCCUUCCCACCCCAACCCCCCAACCCCCCACCCCCCCAUUGGGACUUUGUGUUUGGGAGCCUUGUGGGCAUCCUCAGCUUCUGCCUAAUCACACGGCCGAGUCCUCCACAGAAGAUCCAGGCGGUUUCUGCACGGAUUCUGUCGCGGAUCGACAACCGGCGUGACUAUGCGGUGCGGGGCCGGGCCUCUGGCCGUGGUGGCUGCGGUGUUUUGGACUCAGUGUGUUCUUCUGGACGGGGUGGAUGCCAAGAAGGAGAGAAAAAGGCCAAAGGAGGCCACCCCGCAACACACAGAGACCUACAACGCUACGAUCUCCAACAGCGAAGAGGUCGGCGGGAGCAUCAAGAUUUCUGACAACCAGCGAGUGGAUCCGCUGGGAUCAUGGAUGGACUUUGUCAAAAGACCGGUUGGCAACUUCCCUGGAAAGUGUCGCAAACGCAAGCGACCCUUGCCGGGCCCACCUGGUCCCCCCGGACCUCCCGGCCCGCAGGGACCCCCUGGCUCUCCUGGAGCCGAAGUGACCCAGGAAGUUCUUCUCCAGGAGUUCAAAGACAUGAUUAAAGAGGCCACAGAGAGGAGAGCAGCAGCGUUGGACAGACAAACUAGCCCCAGCCAGCUACCUACGGCCCUCCUCACCCUGGAGGGGAUGACCUCCUACCGGCGGAUAGAGGAGGCUUUCCACUGCAAGCUCAAGGGACCUGUGGUGGUCGACAAGAAGACUCUGGUGGAGCUCCAGAACUUUCAGACACCACCAGCUAAAGGAGCCUUCCUCAGGGGGUCGGGAAUGGACCAGUCCACCGGAAGAUUCACAGCUCCCAUCACUGGGAUCUACCAGUUCUCUGCUAACGUCCACAUUGACCACAAUGAGGUGAAGAGGAGCAAGAGCCAGCUAAAGGCCAGGGAUAAUGUUCGGGUGCUGAUCUGCAUUGAAUCACUCUGCCACAGAUACACCUCACUGGAGAUGAUUGUUGGAUUAGAAAGUAACAGCAAGAUAUUCUCUGUCAGCGUGCAGGGGCUGCUGGAGCUACAGGCUGGCCAGUACACCUCCAUAUUUGUGGACAACGCAGCAGGUGCCUCCAUCACGGUACAAAACGGUUCGGAUUUCAUGGGCAUGCUGCUCGGUGUGUAGUCUCACAACAGGAGCAGGGCGUCAUCCAAGCCAUCCACUGCUGCCCUUCAUUGUCUUGUGUUUUUAUUUUAUUAUAAUAUUUUUUUGCAAUGGACUGCUUAUGAGCACCAUCACACAGUACCAAACCACAGGAGAGGUUUGAAGGACGGAAGUGAGGCUGACAUGGACUUGGUGAAAGGACAGUGUAAAGAAGUCAAGGACUUUGUUUUUCACAGUGCACUGCGCCCACUUCCCUGAGGAACACCAAUAAAAUAACCUGAAAAUUGAACAGUGAGUACGCCUGUUACAGUUUAUGGUUUUUCUUUCCCUGAAGACCUUUACAGAAAACCAAAUAUCAAUGUUUUUAAUGUUCUCUGGAUAGAUUUUGAAGAGCUAGGGAACACGAGAAAGUACUAUUUGUAGUAUUUGUGUGUUUAAUAUAUACUGAAUUGUUUUUUGUCUACAUGAUCUAUUAUGUACACAAACUAUAGUUAUUUUGUAUCAUGGAUUAAAUCUCACAUUUAUAUUUGUUAUAUGGUGCAUGGACUUUGAGUACACUGGACAAUGGAAACAUGCUCAAUAGACAGAAUAGGGCUUCACAAAAUCUUGUCCCAAAUAUGUAAUAACUUGUUUUGUAACAGAAAUGUUACUACAUGUUAAGCCACGUAGCGGCGUGGCAUUGUUGGUCAUUUGUUCCACCAUUUUGGUUCAGUCCAAAUUAUCUCAACAACUAUUUGAUAUAUUACCAUGACAUUUUGCACAGACAUGAUGGUCCCAAGGGACUACAUCCUACUGGCUAUGGUGGUCCACUAACUUUUGGGGUUUUGAGCAAAAUAUCGCAACAAUAUUGGAUGCAUUGCUUUUCAAUUUGACACAGACGUCCAAUGUUAGAUGCACACUAAACUAAGAUGGUAAACAUUAUACCUGCUAAGUACAGCCUCAUAGAGCUGCCAACCUGUCUGCAGACUAUUAUGGCGUAUUCAUAUCAACGGAAAAAUGCAUUGUGCGUUGGUUCAGCACGGUAUUUACCACUCCGUGACACCAAGUGGCGCUGUACCAAACGACACCACCUUAGCUACAAUGCCAGUGUCGCAAGCUGUGCAGAUUGCUACAUUUCAUAUACUCAAAUGGUGUUUUAAUGCACGUUCUCAUGAACGGGUUUGUACCAUAGUACUCAGUCAGUUUUGUCUGUUUUCACUGGGAAGUGAACACCGCUCCCCAACUUGAUAGCUCUGUGUUUUAAGACCCUCUCAUCCACUCCGACCUCCUCCGUACUCGGUCCAAAUCAUUCUUAUUCAGCAGCAGUCACAGCUGAAAAUAUCCAGAUUACAGUGCAUUCUUAUUAUUUUUUUUGUAGCUAUGCUGUAUGUACGAGUGGUUCAUGAGAACAGCCUGUUUUAUAACAAACCUGCUAGCUGCAGCUGAUUGCUGAUAGAAUUUAGCCGGGCAAAUAUUCUUUUUUACUAGAUAUGAAGCCAGUUAUGUUAUUUUACACUUGUGGAAAUUCAGACACAAGUAAUUCCGUCUCUCAGUUUAAGCAUGGUCAACAGCGAUUGGUUGUGCGCACAAAGGUCAGUGGUCAUCAAAAUUGAACUUCCUGCACAUCCCUGCUCCGCUCCUGCAGGUAGAUCCUAAAUCAGGAUCUUUUGCAUUGGCACUCAAGGUCUGCACGGUGCUUAGCCCCGCCCAAUACAAUUAUUAUUGGUUUAAAGAAAUGCCAAUAAACCAGAUCAUGUUUUUUUUUCCAUCCAGGAAUGCCGUGUGGACUAGCCAGACCCUCCUCCAGACCCUCUUUUGCAGUGCUGUGGAGGAAGGUCUGGCCAUGCGAGACUAGGGUUAGGGUAAGAAUAACAAUAAGCCAAUCAGAAGCAGAGAAGGGCUGAAUACGAUUGGCCACGAGGUACGUCCUUUGGCGCGGACACUUCUAGCGGAUCCAAUCUAGCAUCUGCCCCCCUGUGCACCACGGACAUCCUCCCAGAGCUGUCCCAACACACCACACACACACAAUAAAAGCUGUUACCGUGACAACGUGAAUACGCCUUUAGUGUCAAUCAAAUCGAGAUUCACCUUUUGACCAAAACCGCUGUAAGAUAUCUUCUUUUUUUUAACCCUAAGAUUAUUAUCACAGUGUAUUUUUUGUUAUCAUUUAUCAUCCGUUUAUUUGUUACUGUAUUUUUAUUCUUUUCUUGAAAUAUACAGUACAUGUUUGUAAUUUAUAAUAGCUAAUACGACAGUAACAUUGAAAAGCCUUGGAUAUGGUAUUUAUGUUUGAGGAAAUGUAUCAAUCACUUGUUGAUUGACACUCUGGUGGACUCUUGAAACCACAGAUUCUUGCAAAAAUCAAAUUAUAUCUUUAUGCUAUUUUUUUAUUACCCAUACCAUGCUGUAAUUUGAAAUUAAACUUUUUUUCAAAUGUUGCCA